AGAUUAAAUUUUCUCUCUUUGCAGUUUGCUGAGCGACUGUUUGCCUGACUAGCGCAGAGACACAGAACGCAAGCUUCUAUAAUGCCCGAACGGGAUAACUAUUUAAAUAGCAGCAGCAGCAGUAGUGAUGAAGUAGCGCCGGGCCCAGAGGAUGUUUGCAGAGAUUUCCUGCGCAAUGUUUGCAAGCGAGGCAAGCGCUGCCGGUUUCGCCACCCUGACAUCAAUGAGGUGUCUGAUCUGGGUGCAAAGAAAAAUGAAUUUAUUUUUUGUCAUGAUUUCCAGAAUAAAGAAUGCACCCGUGCUAACUGUAAAUUUAUUCAUGGUACUAGAGAAGAUGAAGAAUAUUACAAAUAGGGACUUCCUAGUGUGAAUUUGUAUUUAUCCAAUAUAGUCGCUGGACUAGGUUUGUCACCUGCUGAUCUCAGCAGAGGUGAGAUACCAAUAUGUCGAGAUUACUUGAAAGGAGAUUGCCAGCGUGGCCCAAAGUGCAAAUUCCGCCACUUACAAAGAGAUUAUGAAUAUGAAACUAGAGCAAUUGACAGAAUACCUCGAGAUCCAGCACUUUCUGCCAUAAAAGCUGUACGCCGAUAUGAAAGGUAUGAGCUUGCUGAAAACCCUUAUGAUGCUGAUCGCUUUGAUGAUCAUGACCUUGUUUUGAAGAGGAGGCGGCUUGAAGACACCUGUUAUGAAACCUAUGAUUACAGCAUCCCCACUUCCCGUACAGUGGAUUAUUGCAUUCUGGAGCAAGAGAACAUUAUGUUACGUAGGCGUAUAGAGGAGCUUAAGAAACAAGUCUCAAACCUUUUGGCUACAAAUGAUGUUCUUCUUGAACAGAAUGCCCAGUUUCGCACCCAGGCUAAAAUGCUGACCCUCACUUCCACCCCAGCAGCAGCUGAACAGACACUGGCAUCCACUGUUGGCACAGUGACCAAUUAUAACCAUGGCCUUGCUCAAACCCACACAACCCUAAGCAGCCAAACUUUGCAGGCACGGCAGGUUAAUCAGCAGGAAUUGGUUGCUUCAGCUGGAGCAGCAGCGGCAUCCGCUAGUGCUGCACCUCCUCCUGCAGCUCACCUGACCCCUGAUAUUACACCCUUGUCUGCCGCUUUAGCCCAGACUAUUGCACAAGGAAUGGCUCCCCCUGUCUCUAUGGCACAAGUUGCUGUGUCUGUAGCACCUGUAGCUGUUUCAAUGGCACAGGCCAUUCCUGGAAUAACUAUGAGCCAUGCCUCUACCCCUCUGGUGUCUUACCCAAUUGCGUCCCAGAGCAUGAGGAUAACACCGAUGUAAACCGGCCAUGCCUCGUACCCUUUUGCAUCAGGAGGAGGAUGCCAUUAUAGCUGUUAGUAGUGCAGACCCUCUAAACUGAGUUAUGCAGCUCUUGCUUUGUUUACCCGUUUGCAUCCUUGAAUCUGUCACAACUUUACCUGUUUGCAGCAGCGCAGCCCCUUCCUAGCACAGAAGGCCUUUUCCCCCUCCAUUCUGCCUUUUUAUAUCGGGGGCUGUAAUGAUGACAGUGUCUUGGUGGCAGCACAGACUAAUUCAAGACUGAGAGGUAGUAAUUUUGCCAAUGUGCUUCACAGUAGCUUGCUUUUUCAGUUCAUUAACUUCUGGGACUUGUGCUGUCAUUAAGGGACGCUUGUGCCUCCAGGGUAGCUUUACUAAUUUUUAGAUACAAGUCCUCAUGUGCUUUAUAUUGCGUGGAUUUCUUCACCUUAUUAUAUUGCAUUUUAUUUGGUAUUUUUGUGUUUUUGUUUUGUUUUAUUUUUGAGAAGUUUUUUUACUGUAAAAAGUGAUUUACUCCCCCUCUCCUUGUGUAUAUGUUUGGAUGUAUAAGAAGUGCUAAUUUCAUUGUAGUUGUUUGGAAGUAGUCCAGUUUUGUCUGUGCUCUUCACGAGGUGUUCCUUCUUGCUCAAAACCAAAUUGAUGGUAUGAACUAGUAUGAGUCAUUUGUAGGCUACCUCCUACAUAUGUUUGAUUUCUCCAGCUGCUAGUGUUCAGACUGUGACAGAGUACAUCCCUACCAUUUAGUACUCUACAUUCCUUCUUAACAAUAGCACUAAUGCGCCUUUCCUGCUUACCAAAAGUAAAAGAUUGAAUUUACUUAGUGUGUAGGGUACUGUGAUCAAACUUAAAAGUAAAUGUGUCUUUGAAUGGCUUCUGCUUUUUUCCAAGUGAUAUUACUGGGAUCUGAAACUUCAGAAUAAUAGACAAGAUGAUUUUCUGAAGUCUGAAACUGCAGUUUGAAAAUACAACCUGGUUAGUAAAUGGAGUAAAAUGAAACAAAAAAAAUUUGUAUAAUGACAAGAUUGCACUAGUGAACAAGAUUGUACCUAUUCAAUUUCAUUAGAUUUCUGAAUGUGUAUAUGUGUCUUUUCCUAACAUAAAUCUUUAAAGAAUGUAAUGUUUUACUUUGUUCCACUGCAACAAUUAUAAUGUUUAAUCAGAUAAAAUACUUCAAACGAGAAUAAAGUUUUUUUUUUUUUUUUCUAAGUAAAGGAGUAGAACUGUUUGGAGGAAAAUAAAUGUCCUGUUUUAAUGCCUUUUCACUUUUUACUUGUCUGCUGCUGUCUUCAGUGAACAUUAAACCCAAACUGACUGCUCUUGA